GGGGCGGGCUGCGCCGGGAGCGGCCCCCGAUGGGAUGUAGCGGGCGGCUGCUGGGACCCGUCGGGGGGCGCCGCGCCUCGCUGCUCCUCACCAUGAUCCUCUUCUUCACCUACUUCUUCUACUGCCUGCCCGGGCCCUGCGAACCGCUGCCCCCCGCCCUGCUGCUGCCGCCGCCCGCCGCUCUCCCCGACGGAGCGGCCCCGGGGGCGGCGGGGCCCGGGGGUCCGGGGGCGGCGGGCGGCGGCAGCCGGCGGUUCCCGCAGGCCAUCAUCGUGGGCGUGAAGAAGGGCGGGACGCGGGCGCUGCUGGAGUUCCUGCGGGUGCACCCCGGGGUGCGCGCCGUGGGCGCCGAGCCGCACUUCUUCGACAGGUGCUACGAGAAGGGGCUGCGCUGGUACAGGAGCCUGAUGCCGCGGACGCUGGAGGGGCAGAUCACGAUGGAGAAGACCCCCAGCUACUUCGUCACCAAGGAGGCUCCGCGGCGCAUCUACAACAUGUCGCGGGACACCAAGCUGAUCGUGGUGGUGCGCAACCCCGUCACCCGCGCCAUCUCGGACUACACGCAGACGCUCUCCAAAAACCCCACCAUCCCCAGCUUCCAGGCCCUGGCCUUCAAAAACGUCAGCACGGGGCUGAUCGACACGAGCUGGAGCGCGGUGAGGAUCGGGAUCUACGCCAAGCACCUGGACAACUGGCUGCGGUACUUCCCCCUCUCCAAAUUCCUCUUCGUCAGCGGGGAGCGGCUCGUCAGCGACCCGGCGGGAGAGAUGGGCCGCGUCCAGGACUUUCUGGGUCUCAAGAGGGUGGUGACGGACAAGCAUUUCUAUUUCAACGAGACCAAGGGCUUUCCCUGCCUGAAGAAGCCGGAGGGCAGCAGCAAGCCCCGCUGCCUGGGGAAGUCCAAGGGGCGGCCGCACCCCAAAAUCGACGGGCAGGUGGUGCAGCGCCUGCAGGAGUUUUACAGACCUUUCAACAUGAAGUUUUACCAGAUGACAGGGCAGGACUUCGGGUGGGACUGAGCCGUGCGCGGGGCCACCAGCAGCCUCCUCCCUUCGUUCUAAUUUAUAUCGGACCUUUUCCGGCCAGAAACGGACCCUUCCGGAGUAGAGAGAAAUAUUUAAGAAAUAAAAACGCAGAUGACCCCUCUC